AUGACAUUGGUGCAGCCACCAACAAAUGUGACUCUAGUUAAGACUGGAAAGAGCACAGCCCGGGUGACAUGGAACCCUGUAAGUAAAGUCCUGCUGUAUCAAGUGAAGGUGAGCGAUGUGGACCCCAGCAACACUCCCGUCAUCAGGAACACUUCGUCCACAUCCAUGGAUAUCAGUAAUCUGGAGCCCUGCUCCACCUACAUCAUAGGAGUAUCAUCAGCUAACGUCUUCUUAAUUCCUGGAGAAGCUGAAAAUGUUUCGCACACUACCUCCACUAUAAAUCCAGUGACGACCAUAUCAGUGGACUACAGCUGCACCGGCAGCAUGGUGACUGUCACAUGGGAUUUGGUGUUUGGGGCUAACUUGUACAGAGCCGUGGCUGUCGAUGGCACAGGAGAGUCCCGUAACUGUACAUCAGCCUCCAACAGCUGCCAGAUAAUAAUGCUCAAAUGUGGUGAGAAGUAUGUGGUCCAUGUCACAGCUAUAUCUGACGACUGCGAGAGCAACUCCAGUACCUCCGACUUGUUUGAGACAGUCCCCUGUGCUCCAGCUAACCCUCACACCGUUGCCGACUGCUCGAGCAAUGUCAUUGUCUUCACCUGGCAGCCCACCAACAACACCUUCUAUUAUGUGGCAACGGCUGUGGACACCGCUGGCAAAGCGACAGAGUGCAGGACGGCAGAUAACACAUGUUACUUUACAAACGCGGGCUGUGGUCAGACGUACACGUACACCGUUCAUGCUGUCAGCUCUGAAUGCGACAGCGAAGAGAGCCCACCUGAAUUCGUCCGGACCUCUCCUUGUCUCCCAACAAACGUAAAGACGGCAGCUGGGUGUAACCCCGACAUGCUGGUCACAACCUGGGACUCUGCUGCUGGCGCUCUCUCCUACACCAUCGAAGCACAGGGGAACACAGAAGAAAUCUACAACUGCACCACCAACUCCACCAGCUGUGCAGUGCCUGGGGUGCCAUGUGGUGAACACCUCAGUGUGUAUAUUGUCGCCUCUAAUGACAGAUGCUCCACUAACAGGGUGCUGGGAGAGGUCGCUCAGACAGUUCCAUGUACCCCAACAAAUAUCGCAGCGUCGGUCGACUGCAGCCAAAAUUCUGCCAGAGUAAACUGGACGACGAGCAUCGGUUCUAUAUUCUACAUUGCAACUGCUGAGGAUGCAAAUGGAAACUCACAUAGCUGCACUUCAAUGGGCACCAGCUGUCUCAUUGAGGGUCUGCAAUGUGCACGGAAUUAUACUGGCAGUGUUAUCGGCACCAAUAUGAAGUGCAACAGCACCAUCAGUGCAGAGGUCACCUUUGAGACAGGUCCUUGUCCUCCGACCAACAUCGAGGCAAACAGAGACUGCGACGCCAACCAAGCCCUGAUAGUCUGGCAGAACCAUCUGUCCACCGGCCUCUACACAGCAACAAUAGAAGAUCAGACUGGUUCCCAGCUCAACUGCACCAGCGACACAGUCAACAACUGUAAAAUCGCCUCUCUGCCCUGUGGAAUGAGAUACAGCGUCAGUGUCACCUACUACGAUGGAACCUGUCCGUCCACCUCCACAUCUAUCAGCAUGGACUCAGUGCCAUGUGGUCCCGAAUAUGUGAGGGCGAAUGUGGCCUGCGAAACUGGAGAGCUGUCAGUCGCCUGGAACAUCUCAGUCCCCGCAGACAACUACACCACCAUCAUCUCCAGAGGGAUGGGUCAACCAGUGCACUGUAACUCUUCAACAACACAGUGCACCACAGGCGGUUUGUUUUGUGGAAGCUCAUACACAGUGACCGUCUUCUCAGUCACUGGGAUGUGUUUCAGUCUUCCGAGCUCAGACGUCACAGUGAAAACAUUGCCAUGUCCUCCCACCAACAUCUCAGCCGUACACACGUGUGCUCCGGAUCCUGUUCCUGUGUCCUGGGUGGCCAGUGAUAGCGCCAAAUACUACACUGCGGUUGCUGUGAAUGGAAGAGGUCACAGGUCAGAGUGCACAACCAACAAAACUUCAUGCAGUCUCCCUGGACUUCAGUGUGGGGAGGUGUACUCUAUUGGGGUUUCAGGAGCUGAUGACAACUGUACAGAGCCAUGUUCUCCCAUCAAUGUAUCCAGUCAGCUGAUGUGUAGAGCAGGUGCUUCUCAUGUGUUCUGGGCUCCCAGUACCAAUGCAGUCAACUAUAAUGUGACAGCUACCAGUAACGGACACAUGCUCACCUGCAGCGGUCCAAGCACAAACUGCACACUGAGUAACCUAAUCUGCGGCCAGGCGUAUGACAUUCUUGUGAAAGCCACUGACGGCACCUGCAACAGCAACUACAGUGCCCCCUUCAGACAAGACCAAGGUACUGAGAAAGAGGCCACGUUCGUUAAAACCUGCAACACCAGACAUCAUUCCUAA